AUGCUAAAAUUAUUCACGAAUGCUAUCAAAAAGAAAACUUCUCAGGACAUAUAUAUAUCCAAAGAUACAACAGAAAAUCCUAAACCUUCAAACAAUUACGUUCCUGAAGUAGAAAGUACGGGUUCUAACGUAACUAACGAAACUAAUAGCUACGAAAAAAACAAGACCAUACUUAACGAUCAUGAAACAACUGCAUUAACAGAAAAAGCAGGAGGUACAUCGGACUGUAAACGUUCAAUAUCAAUACGUAAAGAAAACUCUUAUUCUGGUAUUUUUCAACCUGAAUUACUUAGUCCACUCAAACCUUCGCGCCUUUAUGGUUCUCCCGAAUCAUUAUCUGGACUAUCUGAAUUUUUAAGCAGCAGUGUUUAUCAGAAUUCUUUAACUUAUCUUGUUGUGCGAAAAUCUUCCUCAAGAAGUGAUAUUGAAAUUCUUUAUCCAAUUGAUAAUGUUAAAGUAGACGAAACUAUAAAGCGAACUUCUCAGAAUUGCAAAGACAUUUAUGAAAACGAUCCAAUUUAUCAUUCUAUUUAUUCAAAACAUAUAAUAUCCUCUAAAACUUCUCUUUAUCAUAGUAUUUUAAAACAAGUUUAUAAUGAUUUCACUAUACUCGAUGCGAUGCAAGUUUCUCCAGCAGGUGAGCCAACUAUUACCAUAAAAAGCGAAUGUUUUAUCGGUGCAGAUACCGAACUUCGUC